GAAAACGUCAGUUAUAAAAUUUUGACAAGUGUGUUCGCCGCGUUGUUUUCUUUGCCACAAAUAUUUUAAUUAUAAAUAUAAGAAUUUUAUUAAAAAAACGGACUUUAAAAUGUCCCAAACUAUUGAAAUCCCUCUCAGGGAUACCGACGAGGUAAUCGAAGUGCAUCCUGACCAGUUGCCCGAGUGUCAAGAAGUGCUUGGAAUUUUACGACAAGAAAGAUCGCAACUAAAUACUUGGGUUAAUGUUGCUCUUGCAUAUUAUAAGCAAAAGAAAACUUCUGAUUUUAUUCGGCUUUUGGAAACGGCAAGGAUCGAAGCCAAUGUUGAUUAUCGUGACUAUGAAAAGGAUCAAAUGCGAGCGUACGAUAUGCUCGCUGCUCACUAUGUGCAGGAAGCAAAUCGAGAGAAAUCAAAAGAUAAAAAACGUGAACUGUUUAUGAAGGCUACGAAUUUGUACACAACUGCCGAUAAGAUCAUUAUGUACGACCAGAACCAUUUACUGGGUAGAGCAUACUUUUGUUUGCUGGAAGGGGAUAAAAUGGAACAGGCUGAUGCUCAAUUUAACUUCGUUUUGAAUCAGUCGCCAUCAAAUAUUCCCUCAUUGCUGGGCAAAGCUUGUAUAGCAUUCAAUAAAAAAGACUAUCGAGGGGCUUUGGCGUUCUAUAAAAAAGCAUUGAGAACUAACCCGAACUGUCCGGCCAACGUACGAAUGGGAAUGGGACACUGUUUCCUUAAAAUGAACAAUCAGGAUAAAGCCAAAUUGGCUUUUCAACGAGCUCUCGAACUUGAUCCGAAUUGCGUAGGUGCCCUCAUUGGUUUGGCCAUAUUAAAAUUAAAUCUUCAUGAACCAGAUUCAAACAAACUGGGAGUUCAAAUGCUUUCGAAAGCAUACACAAUUGAUUCAACCAGUCCAAUGGUUCUCAAUCAUCUGGCUAAUCAUUUUUUCUUCAAAAAAGAUUACCAAAAAGUACAACAUUUAGCCCUGCAUGCAUUUCACAAUACAGAAAACGAAGCAAUGCGCGCCGAGAGUUGUUAUCAAUUGGCAAGAUCAUUUCACGCCCAACGAGAUUAUGAUCAAGCAUUUCAAUAUUAUUACCAAUCGACGCAAAUAGCGCCGUCUAAUUUUGUACUCCCGCAUUAUGGCUUGGGUCAAAUGUACAUCUACCGUGGUGAUACAGAAAAUGCUGCUCAGUGUUUUGAAAAAGUUCUGAAAGUUCAACCGGGUAAUUAUGAAACAAUGAAAAUUCUAGGAUCUCUCUAUGCCAGUUCAAACUCUCAAACCAAACGCGACAUGGCAAAGACACAUUUAAAAAAAGUCACCGAACAAUUCCCUGAUGAUGUUGAGGCUUGGAUAGAGCUGGCUCAAAUUCUAGAACAACACGAUUUACAAGCAUCACUAAAUGCCUACGGUACCGCAACAAGUAUUUUAAGUGACAAAGUUAAAGAAUAUAUUCCUGCCGAGAUCUUAAAUAACGUAGCUGCAUUGCAUUAUCGUUUGGGAAAUUUACUUUUGGCAAAUGAAAAACUGCUCGAGGCAUUGGAGAGAGCGAACACACAAAGAACUAAUGAUCCCCAAUACUAUGACUCUAUAUCAGUAACAAUGAAGUACAAUUUGGCACGAUUGAAUGAAGCCCGAUGCAGUUUUGAUGUUGCCGAUAAAUUGUAUAAGGAUAUUCUAAAAGAACAUCCAAAUUAUAUCGAUUGCUAUUUGCGUUUGGGUUGUAUGGCACGGGACAAGGGUUUGAUUUUUGUUGCAUCGGAUUUCUUUAAGGAUGCUCUCAAUAUAAACAAUGACAAUCCAGAUGCACGUUCACUGCUUGGGAAUCUACAUUUGGCAAAAAUGCAAUUUACUUUGGGGCAAAAGAAUUUUGAAACAAUUCUAAAAAAUCCAGCUACAUCCAAUGAUGCGUAUUCGUUGAUUGCGUUGGGAAAUUUCUCAUUACAAUCCUUACACCAACCUUCGAAAGAUAAGGAAAAAGAGAAAAGACAUCAAGAGAAGGCUUUGGCUAUUUAUAAACAGGUCUUACGAAAUGAUCCUCGUAAUAUUUGGGCUACGAAUGGAAUUGGAUCAGUACUCGCACAUAAAGGAUGUGUAAUUGAGGCAAGAGAUAUAUUUGCCCAGGUUCGUGAAGCAACUGCUGAUUUCUGUGACGUUUGGCUGAAUAUUGCACAUGUUUAUGUCGAGCAAAAGCAAUACAUAAGUGCAAUACAAAUGUAUGAAAAUUGCAUGAAAAAAUUCUUCAAGCACCACAAUGUUGAGGUUAUGCAAUAUCUAGCAAGGGCUCAUGUUAGAGCAAACAAGCUUAAAGAAGCAAAAAUGGUUCUUCUCAAAGCAAGACGUGUCGCUCCACAAGAUACGGUUCUACUUUUCAAUAUCGCCAUAGUUCUUCAAAGACUGGCAAUGGCCAUAUUAAAAGACGAAAAAUCUACUCUUCAAAUUGUUUUGCAAGCUGUACAUGAACUUGGACUAGCCCAUAAAUACUUCCAGUAUUUGUCAAUUAACGGAGAUAAAACUCGUUACAACAUUGAAUUAGCCGGCAUAGAAGCUAACCAAUGUCAGGAUCUUUUGUCCCAGGCUCAGUACCAUGUUACACGCGCCCGACGAAUUGAUGAUGAAGAAAAAACCCUCAGACGUAAGCAAGAAGAGGAGCGUCUUGCAUUCAAGCGGAAACAAGAAGAGGAUCGUCGUCUACGAGAAGAAGAAAAACACAAAUCUAAAGAAGUCAUGCUACUCAAACGUCAAGAGUAUGUGGAGAAAACAAAGAAUGCUCUGUUGUUCAGUGAACCCCCACCAGAUAGAAAGAAAAGUGGUGGCCGACCGCGGAAAGAUGAUUAUGUCUCUGAUUCUGGCAGUGACAUGCCAAACGAUAACUCGGAAAGACCGAAGAAGAAGCCUAAAGGUGAACGUAAAAAAGCUGCUGGCAAGAAACGUAGCGCCAAAUCAGCUGCAGAUAUUAAUGACAGCGACAGUGAUGCACCCAAAGAAAAGCGCAAACGUAAAGCAGGCAAACCUAAAGAGAAAAAAGAAAAACAGUCCAAGUUGGAUAAACUUAGUUCAAAACAACGUCUUAAGAUCGUUUCGAAGGCUACCAUUUCGACCAGCGAAUCAGAGAGUGAUCGUGGAAACAAAAAUAAGAGUGGAAGUGAUAGCGACAGUGACAGCAACAAUGAAACACGAGGACGCAAACGUAUUGUCUCAGAUGACGAAAAAUCUGGCUCACGAUCGAGAAGUGGUAGUCGCUCUAGAUCACGCAGUGGAAGUCGAUCGGUUUCCAAAUCAAAAUCAAGAUCUCGUUCGCGGUCUGGGUCGAGAUCGGGCAGAAGUAAAUCUAAAUCGGUUAGUCGCAGUCGUUCACGAUCUCGAUCAAGAUCUGGAUCACGAUCUGGGUCUGGCUCUAGGUCUAGAUCAGCCUCGAAAUCAAGGUCAAGAUCUAAUUCGAAGUCUAAAUCUCGUUCACGCAGUAGAUCUGGUUCGAAGUCAAGCAACUAAUAAAGACAUCAGAAUACGAAGAGCUUUGUAUCAUUUAUUUGAUAGUUAAAUUGUACUUGUCUAAAAACAAUAACAAAUAAAAAAGUAAUAACAAAACUGUAA